AGGAGGGGUUGGUGGGCAAGAUGGCGGCCACUCCUGCCGGUGUAGGCCGGCUAGAGGAGGAGGCGCUGCGGAGAAAGGAACGGCUAAGAGCCCUGCGGGAGAAAACUGGGCGCAAGGACAAGGAAGAUGGGGAGCCAAAGACCAAGCAGCUCAGAGAAGAGGAGGAAGAAGGCGAGAAGCACAGGGAACUCAGGCUGCGGAACUAUGUCCCCGAGGAUGAGGACCUGAAGAGGAGGAGGGUGCCCCAGGCCAAACCUGUAGCAGUGGAGGAGAAAGUGAAGGAGCAGCUGGAGGCCGCCAAGCCAGAGCCCGUCAUUGAGGAAGUGGACCUGGCCAACCUCGCACCCCGGAAGCCUGAUUGGGACCUCAAGAGAGAUGUAGCCAAGAAACUGGAGAAGCUAAAAAAGCGGACCCAGAGGGCCAUCGCUGAGUUGAUUCGUGAGAGGCUGAAAGGCCAGGAUGACAGCCUAGCCUCUGCAGUGGAUGCCACCACCGAGCAAGAAACCUGUGACUCUGACUGAGGUGUGCCCUGUCCCCCUGCUCCUGUUAAGCCUGUCCUGUAGGUGGACCCUUGGGCAGAGUGGGGCUGGGUUUGCUGUCACCUCCAGUUUGGCUUCAGAGUAUUGACUGUGCCUCGUUAAGUCUGAAACCCUAACGGGUGAGGGCUCCUAAGCAGUUCCUUCUGUUCUUAGUGAGAACAGAACCAGCAACAACUCUGUGGGCAUGCUGGGUCUGUACAUAUGUAUGUAUUUUGAACUUUUUUUUUAAUCUGUGGAAAUAAAGUUGAGUAAACCCCUGUGUGUGG